AUGUGUUCAACCCCGAAAGACACCGCGAAAUGUAUGAGCUAUACUACGUAUAAGAAAGAGAGCCCCCGCUUCCUCCUCUUCGCCUUCCUCUUCCUCCUCCUCCAGCUGCUGCUGCUCCUCCUCCUCCACUUCCAGCUGCAAAAAGAAAGGGAAACCCUGCCUUUGGGUCCAAACCACAAGAUAACGAAAAAUACAUGGGAUACUUCAAUUUCUCUUCCCCCUCCUCCUCUUCCUCAUACCAAACCGCAACACAGACAAUAUACCAAACCGGGAACAAUAAAAAAUGCGGCAGGACAUUUCAAAAAUCAGACCACCAAGUCCUCCUCCUCUUCCUCCUCUUCUACCAAAACGCAACACAACCAGCAAGAUACCAAACAGCAAAAGAACCAACCUGUCAUCGAUACUUCAAUUCCUCCUCCUCCUCCUCUUCCUCCUCCUCCUCUUCCUCCUCAUCCUCCUCCCCCUCCUCCGCCGCCUCCUCCUCCUACCAAACCGGAACACAAACAAAAUACCAAACCGGAAAAAAACAAACAUGUCAGGGAUACUUCAAUUCCUCUUCCUCCUCCUCCUCCUCCUCCAACCAAACCGAAAGACAAGAUCAGUACCAAACCGGAAGUAAUGGGAAAGGCCGCGGGAUUUUUGGAAACUCUUCCUACCAAACCGAAAAAAAACAAAAAUGUCAGCGAUACUUCAAUUCCUCUUCCUCCUCCUCCUCCUCCAAUCAAACCGAAAGACAAGAUCAGUACCAAACCGGAAGUAAUGGGAAAGGCCGCGGGAUUUUGCGAAACUCUUCCUACCAAACCGAAAAAAAACAAAAAUGUCAGCGCUACUUUAAUUCCUCUUCCUCCUCCUCCUCCUCCUCCUCCUCCUCCAACCAAACCGAAAGACAAGAUCAGUACCAAACCGGAAGUAAUGGGAAACGCCGCGGGAUUUUCCGGAGAACAGAAAACCAAGUGCUCCUCCUCCUACUCUCUUCUUACCAAACCGAAAAAAAACAAAAAUGUCAGGGAUACUUCAAUUCCUCUUCCUCCUCCUCCAACCAAACCGAAAGACAAGAUCAGUACCAAACCGGAAGUAAUGGGAAACGCCGCGGGAUUUUAUGGAGAACAGAAAACCAAGUGCUCCUCCUCCCACUCUCUUCCUACCAAACCGAAAAAAAACAAAAAUGUCAUGGAUACUUCAAUUCCUCCUCCUCCUCCUUCUAUCGAACCGAAAGACAAGAAAAAUACCAAACCAUGA